CAAUACAUUCACCAUCUUCAAAAUAUCCAAAGCUACAAAAACACCAAUUUUACAACCCAAACACAUAAAUUUAUCAAUCCAAGGACUGAUACAAAUCCGUCAAACAGCUAACAACCAUGAACCCCCCACAAGAAAAAGAACCCUUCCCCUGGUCCAUGGGCGUCUACGACGCCCACUGCCACCCAACCGACACCAUGACGAGCAUCCCCGCCAUCAAGACGAUGAAAACCCGGAUCCUCACCGUCAUGGCGACGCGGUCGCAGGACCAAGAGCUAGUAACCUCCGUGGCGGACUCCCACAGCGUGAAGUCCCCCUUUCCGGAGAAGUGGUCGGACGACGAGAGGAUAGUGCCGUGCUUUGGGUGGCACCCGUGGUUCUCGCACCAGAUGUACGUCGCGGAGGGCGAUGACGUGGGUGAUGUGGAUGCGCUGAGGGAUCUGGUGGGGGAGGAGAAGGUGAGGCAUUAUCAGAGGGUGCUGUUGCCUCGUCGUGACGACCCGAGCGAGGAGGACUUGAGGAUCUUUCGUGCGUUGCCGGAUCCGACGCCCUUUCAGAAGUUCCUGGCGGAGGCGAAGAGGCAGUUGCAGAAGUAUCCGCUCGCUCAGGUGGGGGAAAUUGGCCUCGAUCGCUCGUUCAGGGUGCCGGAACCGUGGGCGCCGGACCUAGAGGAUAAGCGUGAUAAGACGCUCACGAUAGGUGGCCGUGAGGGGAGGAGGUUGACGCCGUUCCGAGUGGACAUGAAGCACCAGAAGAUGAUCGUGAAGAUGCAGUUCCAGCUUGCGGCGGAGAUGAACAGGGCGGUCAGCGUACACGGUGUGCAAGCUCACGGCAUGGUAUUCGACACACUGAAAGAGUUAUACGAGGGGCACGAGAAGAAGGUGCUGAGCAAGCGUGAGAAGAAGAAACAAGGCACGAGCCAGCCAACGGAAACAUCCCACAGCGAGGUAGACACCGAAACAACAAGUCCCCCAUAUCCUCCCCGAAUCUGUCUUCAUUCCUACUCGGGAAACGCAUCGAACUUCAAACAGUACCUCAACCCAGCCAUCCCAGUGGAAAUCUUCGCGAGCUUCUCCACGGCCAUAAAUCUAUCAGAUGAUCUCGACGGCGAGACGCCGAAGAGCUUCGAGGAGAUGAUACAGAUUGUGCCCGACCACAUGUUGCUCAUAGAAAGCGACUUGCACACUGCUGGCGAACACAUGGACACGCGAAUCGAGGACAUCGCGAGGAGGAUAUGCAAGGUCAAGGGGUGGAAGUUGGAAGAGGGAGUGAGGAUCCUUGGAGAUAAUUGGAGACGGUUCAUUUUCGGCGACGUGAGGGAUGGCUGAAAGUGGUUAUAUCUAGUUGGAGAGAGCAUGGGUCGUCUGCUGCUCCUUCUUUUAUGUGAUGAUAUAUGUAUGAUUUGAUAUUGGCAUGGGGCAUCAUGUAGUAUACCUGUAGAAUGCAUAGCGAAUGAAUGAUCU